CUGGCUGUAGCAUGGAAGAUGUAGUAGAGGGUGUUCUGUGGUUCUGUAAUCGAGGUGUAUGCGAAAGCACCGUCUCCUAAGUGAACACCGAGAGAAAACAAAGCACUUUUGGACACCUACGAGUUGUUGUCACUCGGUGCACUAUAUCGGCGUGAUCUAGCGUCGUUAUACCAAAACCUCAGCAGAACAAGUGCUAUUUAAAAAUGAAGGCGCGCUGAACUUGGCUGCGUUUGGCAUCAGCUACUGCAUGUUCCAACCAAGUGAAUCUUAUGAUGACAACGUGGAGUACCCCAAGUACACUCUGUAUUACUUGAACUGUUUAGCAUUACAUGGCGCCUCCCCAACAGUGGAGAGGCCAGGAUCUACUAAGGAUUAUGGGAGAUAGCGAACGAAAUGCGAGUUCUGCCGAUGAUCCCGAAUGUGCGCCGUCAGAUCUCUUGGAUCUUAUGAUUGCAUGGAAGGCCAAGAUUCGUCUUCAGGUUGACAGAGACCUCCAAGUUGGAGGACAGCAUCAAGCUAAAAACGAGCAGCCAGACGGCAUGCAGUACAUAAUUGAUGUCUUGCUUGACCAAAAUGAGCAACUUGUGUGCUCUCUAGUGGAGCUAGAGAGAGAAGCCCUCAAAAGAACCGCACAGAUGCAGAAACGGCUUCAGUCAACUGCGAUUACCACACGGGAAACGGUGAAAAAAAUGUCUGAAUGGGGUGAGCAAAUUAAAGACCUAAUCUCAAAGAAAGAACUUGCUGAACAUGCUACUCUCGAGUACAAGUACGAGGCGGCUGACUUGAAAAGAGAGAAUGAACAGCUCAGGAACUACAACGACAACCUAUACAGUGAUAUACAGUCGCUGUUGAGCAUCAUCGAUGUUGCUCGCAAGACUGGGAACUGGGAGAUGGAUUGUGUAACAUUUUGUGUGAUCUCCCCAGAAGAAGUUUAUGGGCCCAUCUGUCGCCCAUCUGCACAGAACUCUGAUUGCUUGGGGGCUACCACGGACUUGAAGCCUGACUUGCUAGAAAGCCUGGGAACUCAGUGUGCAGCCGCCUUCAGUGAGAGCCUCCCAGCAAUGAUCACAGUUGGUGAUAAAAGGUUGGCCGUUCAAGAAGCCCCAAAGUUCGUGGAUAGCAGCUUUCGCACCCCUUUAUGUAAAGUAAAACCAAGGAAUGUACGGCGGCGCCUCUUCGAAACAGCAAAAAAACGGUCCACCCCUAAGCACAGUGUGCGUUAUAAGCACUUGAGUGCCUCCACUGUGAAGAGGAAAGGCACCACAACGAAAUUGUAUGGUGAAAUUCAUGCCCCAACUUGCGCAUUUUCUUCUACUGUUGAAGACAUAAAUACCCAAGUGCUGUUAAAUGUAUCCAGCAAGCAUGACCAAAACAGUACCUCAUCACAAAUCCAUCCUUUGUUGGUGUGCACUGGCGAUCAAAGGAAGUCCCCUCAUACGGAUGUAGAAUCAAAGGGUACAACUGUCUUCCGUGAGAGCCUCCCCGACGUGUUCCCAGGGUGCGGUACAAAUGUAGCCAUCCAAGACAUCUCUGAAUCGGUCGAAAGCUUUCUGCGAUUACCUUCAUGUAAGGUAAAAUCGAGAAAUGUACGGCGGCACCUGUAUUUUGGCUCGGCAAAAAAACUGUCCGCCCCUGAGCACAAUGUGUAUGAUAAGCACUUGAAUGCCUGCCCUGCGAAAAGAAAUGAGGCAGCAACGAAAUCGUAUAAUGAAGUUCAGGCCCAGACUUGCGCUGUUCCUUUGGCGGUUGAAGACAUGAAAAACCAAGUUCUAGUAAAAGUAUCCAGCAAGCAUGACAAAAACAAGGCCUCAUCACAUAUCCAUCCUUUGUUGGUGCCCACUGACGAUCAAAGGGAGACCUCACGUGCAGAUGUCAAAUCAGAGUGUGCAACCAACUUCAGGGAGAGCCUCUCAGCAGUGCUCCCCAUUCGGGAUGAAAGUGUGGCCAUCCAAGACGCCCCUAAGUCUGUCAAGCGCAAAGUAAAAUCGAGAAAUGUGCGCCGGCGCCUUGUGUUUGAGACAGCCAGAAAAGUGUUUGCCCCUAAACACAAUACCGAUUAUAAGCACUUCUCUGUGAAAAGGAAGGUUGGUAAAAUGAAAUCGUGUGCUGAAGAUGGUGUCCAGACCUCCAGUGUUGCAGUACCUAUAACUGAAUAUUAUGCUGAGUUUGGCACAGGAGUCUUUCCAACUUCUUCAGCUUUAAAAGACAUUGGUACUCAAGUGGACUUGCCAAGCUUUUUGAAAAAGAAUGAGGAAGGCAAGUCCUCAUUAUCUGCUGUGUUGCUGCCAACUGAAGAUGAAAAGAAAUCCAUGGCAGUGACGAGCACCCAGACAGAUGUUCAGUGGGAGACAUGUAUACCAAGUGGAAACGAGAAAAGGGACCUGGAGCUCUGCUGUCUAAGGGAACAUCUGACAUUGGCAUUAGAAGAGGCUCAGUCAAAGGCUUUGCUUGCCAUGGAUCUGCAGCUUCACCUGGAUAGAUCAGCUAAAGAGGUUGAAUUGCGUGACCAAGUCGUGAAUAAUCUGGAGAAGAAGUUGUCUGCUGCUAGACAACAAACUGAUAACUUAAAGAAGCAGCAAACAAGCGUCGAGUGCGAACUGGAAUCAGUCAGGAGUUUGUUACGAAAAGAGAAGGCUGAAAGUCAGCAAUACUUACUGAAGUUGGAGAAGAUGGCUAUCACAGUGAAGCAUCUGCAGGAUGCUCUUGUAGAGUGCAAGAAGACUGUUGGAGCAGCUUCAGCAGCAGUGGAGCCGAAAGUCCACGAUGUGUGACUUUUGUUUUCCAGCUAUUGUGAUAAGUGAAAGAGAACAGCCACAGUAGGGUUCUUUUUGAAGUCAAGAGUGCUUUUCGGUUGUGAUUUCAUGUUCAUUCCCUUUCCUUUUUCUCAUCUACAGCUUGCAUUUUGAUGGGGAUCACUACAAUGUGUGCAACACUAACAUGGGUUGUGUCACUUGUCAAGUGAUAAUUGAAAAGGUCAUUUCAUAUACAUUCCGAGCUUUUUGUUCAUGCCAUUCCCUUUCCUUUUUCUCAUCCACAGUUUGCAUUUUGAUGGGGAUCAUGACAAUGUGUGCAAUGCUAACAUGGGUGGUGUCACUUGCCAUGUGAUAAAUGAAAAGGUCAUUUUAUAAACAUUUUGAGCUUUCUGAGUGCAGUGUAAAAAAUUCCGUGGCAUAUUAUUUUUAGGCUAAUAAACAUUCUUACAAUCUUGUG